AUGGCGGCUUCUUUAGCAGUCCUAGUUUUCCACCCAAGCUCAACCAUUAGGUGCUUCAAACCUAAGCCAUGUUCUAGCUCCCCAGAAAGAGAAAAUCCUCCUACUUCAAAGCCUCCACAUCCACUUGAGGAAAAAAAAUCAUCAAAAUCUAGAAAGAAACUAGAUUUCCAUACAUAUUUUUCUCUCUCAAGGACUUCCUGUCACUCCAAUGCAAACAUGCUGUCUCCACCCCUUCCUCCAAAAAUGAAAAUUAACAUGCUUUCCAAUGUAGUGACAAGUCUCGUCGAAGGAGAACCUUCAAUUGGUAUCGUGGAGACCAUGUUUCGAUCAGGAUGGAGCAAUGGAGUUGGCCACACAGUUGAGAAGGUGUUGAAGGUGAAUCACAAUGAAGCUAUGCUCAAUAGGUUUGAAGAGUACAGGAAGUUAGUGAAGUCCAAUGCUAAGGAUUCUACUGGCUGGCAGAGAGUGGAGAGAGUGGUGGCCGAUGGGAAUGAGCUUCUAAGGUUCCAUGGUGCAGUAAUUACUUGCUCAUUGGGUUUUGAUGGGAUUUCAAGUAUAUGCAACAGCAAAGCUUGUGGAGUUUGUAGAGUACUUGGUUCUAGUGUUCUGGCUAAAGGCUUACCUACCAUUGCAUUUUCUUCAAACAGUUGGAAGGCACAUGAAAAAGUUACUACUAGAUGCUUUGCCAACAGAUUUUCUAGCAGGAAGGCUAUUGUAAUUUGUAGGGUGAUUGCAGGCCGAGUUGCUCAUUAUGGCAAACGUGGGAUCAAGGAGGAAGAACAGGGCGGGUUUGAUUCAGUGGUGGUUUCAAUUGAGGAAGAACUUAUGGUUUUCAAUACGAGUGCCAUCCUACCAUGUUUUGUGGUCAUAUAUAGCAUCCCUUCAUCGCCCUGA